AUUUCAUUAUUUCAUGUCAAAUUUUAGAUGCCCAAUUUACAUACCUUUUUUAUUGUAUUUUACAAGAAUUUCGUUUGUUGCUAAUUUAUAAUUUAAACCAAUGAAAAACUGAUCGGGCUGACUAUAUUUUGUAACAUAUUUACAAAUAUUUGUAUCUUCGAAAAGAAAGUGUUAUUCCGACUUUUAUACUAUUCAGUAUAUUAUAUUUUUAUGUAAACGCAUAUCAGCUUAGUUAAAUUUUUUUAUUACUGUUAUUCCUUGUCCAUUUGCUAGAAAGACUGUAACAUAUAAAUGCAAUACAAAUUGCUAAACGAAAUCUGCAAUUGAAAGAUUUACAAAAUCACAAUACUGGUAAUAUUUCAUCAUGAGUUCGAGUAUGGAAAAGGCAAAACACUUUUUUGAUGAAAGUGGUAUCUUAGGACACAUCAACUUUAAGGAUUCACGUGACUUGAUUCGUAAAACAUCGACAAUUCACAUUGACAUUAGUCUAAAGAAUCAGAUUCGAAAAACGUCUUUAUGUCUGCGGUCAAGGGUAGUUAACGAAACUAACGCAUUAAACAGCUUCGAUGAUACCAUACUCAGUCUUCAAAACGAAGUCUAUAACAUAAGAGAAACUUUAGACAAUGGUGAGACUAAAAUUAUAACUCUCCGUACUGAAAUUGGCAAAAUAAAGAAAAAAGACGUUACUUAUUUUUUUUCCUGGAAAUGUAAAAGCUCUGCACAUGGAAUACCUAUCUGGGAACAACUUUCAAGGGUAUAGAAUCUGUGGCAUUCCACCGUAAGAAAACUUUUUUUUAAGAAAUAAAUCUAAGGCUUUUGCACACAAACAUUUUGCUAAACAAUAUUCGCCAUGAUUUUAACAUUAAGAACUGGUGGCCAGACAUGAGGAUUACAAAAAGUCAGAAUACAGAGUAUAAAUUAAAUCUGAAAAAAUACUUUAGACAUGAAUUAUUACUAUUUGAAUUGGCCAUUAGUUUUUCAGCUACAAGUCAAACUUUAUAAUUCAUUUAUUGGUUCUCCAACCUUCUUCAAAAAUAAAUACAAAUGAAUUUAACAAUUUAA